AUGGAAUCCUCUCGCCCAUCCGCUGCUCGGAAACUCUCCCAAAUCCUUAUCGCUUCAGCGAUCAAGAGAUGUAGGUUUUCUGGAUUCCUCUGCAGAUUGACCAUCUCCGUCAAAGGAUUUUAUGAUUCCCAUCCUCCUUCUAUUCAGAUUUCAAUAUCUGAUACUGGAAUUGGGAGCAAUUUGGUAGAGUUUCGGGAUUUGGAUCAUCGAACUGUGCACAUUCCUGCAGAGAAAUGGGAUGGGGUGCUCUCCAUCACUACAACUAGUGCUCAUGAGAAGGACAUUCAUCGCUACUGUUUGAAUCUCAAAGAGCCUCAUACCUCAAGGAAGAGGCUGAAAAGACUACCACCACUGCACAAAAAUGUCGGGACCUUCAGUGGAACUGAAGUGUGCCUUUCAUCUUCUGAGGAAGAGAACAUUGGCGAAUUUGUGAAAUGGGCAGUCGGCUUUGUUCGGAAGAUAUGGAUAUUGGAAAUCCCUGAUGUUGUGAUUGAGCUUUUAGUUGAGCAUAUCAACAAUGAUAAAUCAAGAUGUGAAAGUUUUCUUCCGGAAAUCAAUAAAAUCUCAUCAUCUCUUCCAGCGCCAAAUAUUAAGCGUCUGGUCUCUGGUCUUGAAGAUUAUGUUCUCAGGAAUGAAAAUGGUUUAAACGAUAAUUGUCAUUCUUGUGUCAAAAACAGAGACAGUCUAAUGGUUGGGACUGGACAAGCUAACUGCAUGGAGAAUUAUAGAGGCAUGACACAGAUAGUUGAAGCGGUGGUGAUGAUAACACCUAUGCCAUCUUGUUCAUGUUGUCGCAGGUUAAACUGUUCAGCUACGCAGGUACUGUUUUUUCAAGACUUCUCACCUUGUACAAUACCAGACUCAUCUCUGAAUGCAUUGACAAGCAUUGAUUGGCAAACCUAUGGUCUAAAACCUCCGACCCAUGCCAUCAACGAUGACGAAGAGGCUGUACUUGAAUGGGAAAAUUUACAAUCAUUUGCUCACAUUAGCAUCGCCAUUCACAGCUACAAUGGAAGAUAUCCAACAUCAUCUAGUUUACUUGAAAUCUUAAAUCUCACAAAGAAGGCCAUCAAACUUGCAUUGGAUGAUGUCAAGAAAAAACACACAACAGAACUGCUCAGCUCUCACGCCAAGCAGGUUUGUGAGUAUGUUCCGGAUCUCUCGAGAGCAAUCGCUGGACUGAUCUUGUCAUCCAAUGAUUCUGGUUUCCAAGAGGAAUGUGCUGCUCUUCUUGGGCUACAAUCAGUAGACAACAAUGCAGGGGAGAAAGUUGAAUCAAUCAUCAAAGAUAUGAUCACUGGGAUCAUCACAAUGAAUGACAGAAACCUGAAGAGGAACAAACAAGAUGCUGUUCCCUGCCUUCUCUUUGAAUGUGAGGAAGACAACCCAGAUGAAAACUAUAGAGAAGCACUACCAGAAGAAAGUAGCAUCUUAGAUUUCUAAAUUUUACAUAACAUAAAAAUUGGAUG